AUGAUCACCGCGCGCGCCACUAUUGUUCUACUUGCUGCGGCACAUGCAGCCUUCGGACAGGAGUUGAAUGUGCCUUCGAGCUGGACGGAUGUAACCGUGACGGACACCCCAGCGAUUCGUCAUGGUUACGCAAACGAUGCCGCACAAGCGCUAGUCAGCCAUCUCACAAACAACGGGAGCUUGUCUGAUCAGAUCAACGGACAAGCGCUCGCGAGCAUGUACACGACACUUGCCAUGCAAGAUUGGCUGAGUGGCAACGAGACGUGGAAGACAUCUGUCACGCAGAACCUGCAGACCUGGGUUCAGCAAAAUGACCCGUUCGGAAACGGGACAAAGGAAGCGCAGCGCACCAACACCAAUGGCUUGCAAUGGGGGAUUGCGAGCUACUAUGCAUACAAGGCAUACAACCAAACAUCGUUCCUGACAAUGGCUCAGAGUUUGUGGGAUACGACGGUAGCCGACUUCAUAACAGCUGAUAUCACUGUCACCCCGCCGAAGAGCAAACCGACGCCACCGCGCAACAUCACCUGGCUCAAUGCUACUGGGUGCUUCGACAAGGUCGCAGCCGGAGGAGUCUUCUGGCUGCCGGGCGUCUCGAACAACGCUCAAAUACAGCAAGAUACUGUCGGGUCUUUUGCAACACUUGCCGGGAACUUAUACGAGGCCACGCGAAACGAGACAUACAAAACUCUAGGACUACAGACUGUGAGCUUCAUGGAAAAGACCAUGCACAACGCGAGCUCCAAUCUUCAGUACGGCGUAUUCGAUGUCCAAGCUUGCCAGGUCUACACCGGACACAGCCCAAGCUUCCAAGGGUGGUACCUGCUCCCGUUGAGUAUCUGGGCAAACAUCACAAACGACUCAUCCAUGCUGGGACUUCUGCGACAAGUUGUAUCCACCUCUGUACUCAGUUCUGACUGGACCGAGACGAACUCGGGCCUUCUGACGGACCCGAAUACUGACGUGAGCGAUAACGUCUGGGACGACAAAGCCAUUCUCGUUCGAGCGCUUAGCGAGACCCUGCGCCGCUUCCCAAGUUCGACCGACUUGACGUCUUUCAUUCAAUCCUUCCUCGCCGUCCAGUACAACGAACUUGUAGGCAAUGCGCGAUCCGGUAGCAACUACUCGACGUCUUUGGUUGGACCCGCACCGCCGUCCUACAACAGUGAUGGCAACAUCGUCGCGCUCGAUGUGCUGAAUGCAGCAGCGGCAUUGCCGCAGGGAACUGCCGCAGCUACCUCUACAUCUUCACAGGCGCCUUCAACCACGUUGCCCGCCAUCCUGUCCGCCACCACCCCGUCCGCCAUCACAAUUACCUCGCAUGUCGCAGCUACGACCUCUGCAGGGUCAAAUUCGUCAUCGACCUCAUCGGCUGCAUCUACUCGGCCUAUGAUAGGCGGUACUGUUGGCGGCCUCCCCUUCUUCAGUGUCUUCAUUUGCGUGGCGCUGUGGUAUUGCUGCGCAUCCCAAGGAGCAGCGUCGACUUUGGCGGAGGAUGCUCAGCAAAAGCGUAACUAG